AUGACCGGUGAUUGCCAGCACAUACAGCGUGACCUGGAGCGGUAUAACGAGUGCGCUAACCGACACUACCGCGACCAUCACAAACAACUACUCGGCCACCGUAGUCACUACCGUAACCGUAACAAUAAUCGUAACAAUCAUGAUGUUUUCAGCAAUAAUUAUCCUAGCUACAUUUUGACUGUGGGACAGUGUAUGGAAUAUAACACUGAAUGGGAAGUGACCAUGGACCUACAGAGCAUUGUUUGGGGUAUGGAUAAUAUGAGUGGUGAAUGUAAUAGCGUGGCCAUAUACGAUGCCGCCAAAAUGGUCAUGGACAAAAUACCCGAUUUGGACCUUGAUUAUGGCGAUAAUAUGAGCUAUCACUGUUGCACCAAAUAUGUGGAGUUGGAUUCACUGUUAUCAGCUGUUCAGGCCGAUUGUACCGCUGAUGAUGUAACUAACUAUGGAAAUGAAAUCCAAAAAUACAUUAAUCAUUUGGAGGAAAAACGCUGCGCUGCUUAUAAAUACACCAAGGGCAUUCAAACGUGUCAGAAAUAG